CCUCAGCAUCGUCCUCCUCACCAGGCAAGCCUCAGCAACUCUCCGCUCCUCCACCAAUGGCAAGCUCUCACACUCGUCCCUCCCUCGCUCAGCAGCAAGCCUCACUCGUCCCUCCUCACCAGCAAGCCUCAGCACUCGUCCCUCCCUCCUC